AUGAAUGGAGAGACCAGUGACUACAGCGAGGUGGUAUCAGACUCCUUCCCCUCUGCCCCGGCAGAACCUCUCCCAGAGUUCCAGCUGGAACCCGAGGAUGGGUUCGUCGUGAAGAACCGUCCGGUGCAGCUCCGCUGUAGGGCCGCCCCCGCUACGCAGAUAUACUUCAAAUGUAAUGGAGAGUGGGUCAACCAGAACGAUCAUGUGACCAAAGAGAGCCUCGACCAGAUCACAGGCCUGGUGGUGAGGGAGGUGGAUAUCUCUGUAUCGAGGACCCAGGUAGAGGAACUGUUUGGUCUGGAGGACUACUGGUGUCAGUGUGUGGCCUGGAGCUCUGCAGGCACCACCAAGAGUAGCCGCGCGUACGUCCACAUCGCAUACCUGCGUAAGGCCUUUGAGCAGGAGCCUCUGGGUCGAGAGGUGAGAUUGGAGCAGGAGGUGUUGCUGCAGUGUCGACCCCCUGAGGGCAUUCCCCCUGCUGAGGUUGACUGGUUAAAGAAUGAGGAAACCAUAGACCCAUCUCAGGACUCUAACUUCCUGAUGACCAUUGAUCAUGACCUCAUUAUUAAACAGGCCCGUCUCUCUGACACGGCCAACUACACCUGUGUGGCACGUAACCAUGUAGCCAGGAGACGCAGUAGUACCGCCGCGCUUAUCGUCUAUGUGAGUGGUGGCUGGUCUUCGUGGACUGAGUGGUUGGAGUGUAGCGCCCGCUGUGGGCGGGGCUGGCAGAGACGGACACGCAGCUGCACCAAUCCUGCUCCACUAAACGGGGGAGCCUUCUGCGAGGGCCCGCCUUUUCAGAGAGUUACAUGCACCACUCUAUGUCCAGUGGACGGAGGCUGGACAGAGUGGGCCAAGUGGUCAGUGUGCGGGACAGAAUGUACCCAUUGGACGAGCAGGGAGUGUCAGGCCCCCCCGCCCCGAAACGGAGGACUCCACUGUAGUGGGAGCAUGAUGGAGAGCAAGAACUGCACCGACGGACUCUGUACACGCACGUUGGACCCUGGUAUUGGUGUAAUGGUGUAUGCCGGCCUGGUGGGGGCGCUGUUACUCUCUGUGGUGCUGGUACUGUGUGUUGGGGUGUUGGCAUACCGACGCAACUGUCACCAUCUCCAAGGUGAUAUCACUGACUCCUCCUCCGCCCUCACCGCCGCCUUCCACCCCGGCAACUACAAACCACCCAGACAGGACAACCCUCACCUCCUCCACCCCUCUGCGCCCCCAGACCUGACAGCCACAGCGGGUACCUUCAGGGAUCCUCUCUUCUCCCUGCGGCAGGGUGCCAACGAUGGUCACCACAAGAUCCCCAUGACAACCUCUCCACUGCUGGACCCCCUGCCCAGCCUCAAGAUCAAGGUGUACAACUCGUCCACCCUGUCCUCCCUGGAGCUGCCAGCAGAGCUCCGCGGCCUGAAGCACGUGGGCGGCACCAUGGGCAGGACUGUGGCAUGGGACAGAGAUGAGUACCACCACGGCGGUCAUCAUACAGUGGUCAGAGAUCCUGGCCACAGCACCUCCGCUACCCUGGGCAGCCUGGGGGGACGACUCGGCAUCCCCAACACAGGUGUGAGUCUGUUGGUUCCACCUGGUACUAUUCCACAGGGGAAGUUCUAUGAAAUGUACCUCAUUAUCAACAAGUCGGAGAAAACUACGUUACCGUCAGAGGGCAGUCAGACAGUGCUGAGCCCGGUGGUGAGCUGUGGUCCAUCAGGCAUGCUGCUGAGUCGACCUGUGGUCCUCACUCUACCACACUGUGCCCAGCUAGAUACCCCAACACCAGACUGGACCCUCACCCUCAAAACACAGACACACCAAGGGGCAUGGGAGGAGGUGCUGACGGUGGGGGAGGAGAGUCUAUCGUCCCCCUGCUACCUCCAGCUAGAGGAGUCGAACUGCCACGUGGUGAUGGAGCAGUUGGGGACCUACGGUCUAGUGGGCCAGUCCUGCCCUCCCCAGCCCGCCUGUAAGAGGCUACAGCUGGCCCUGUUCGCCCCCAGAGCCCCCUGUCUCUCCCUGGACUACAUCCUGAGGAUUUACUGCACACAGGACACGCCACACGCCCUGAGGGAGGUGUUGGAAUUGGAGAGGAGUCUAGGAGGGGUGUUGAUGGAGGACCCUAAACCCCUGCUGUUUAAAGACAGUUACCACAACCUGCGUCUGUCCAUCCAUGACAUCCCUCACUCACACUGGAGGAGCAAACUACUGGCCAAGUACCAGGAGAUUCCGUUCCACCACAUCUGGAGUGGUGGUCAAAGACUCCUCCACUGUACCUUCAGCCUAGAGAGAGGCAGCCUGGCCGUGUCUCAGCUCUCCUGUAAGAUCUGUGUCAGACAGGUGGAAGGAGAGGGACAGAUCUUCCAGCUGCACACUGACAUACAGGAGACCCUCCCGCCCUGCUCCCCUAUCCCCUCCGGGGGUACCUGCCUGCCGUCCUCCCAGGUGGGGCCCUAUGCCUUCCGUCUGCCCACCACCAUACGACAGAAGAUCUGUGCCAGUCUGGAUGCCCCCAGCGCCCGCGGCUGUGACUGGAGACUGCUGGCUCACAGCCUGGACUUCGACAGGUAUCUAAACUACUUUGCAACAAAGCCCAGCCCCACAGCUGUUCUGUUGGACCUAUGGGAGGCCUGUCACCAAGGUGACGCGGACCUGGUGUCCCUGGCGACAGCUCUUGAGGAGAUGGGCAAAAGUGAGGUGAUGGUUGUCAUGAUGACAGACGGGGACUGCUGA